CUGCCCCGUGUGUUUCCAGGUUCAGCGACGGAGGUGGAAACUGGACUUGAUUGCGCAGCUGGCGUCGAGAGUCACCGCAGAGCCCGUCCCUCUGAGCCUCGACCCCAUGGAACUGAAGGACUUGGAGUACCGGCCUGUGACGGUCCGGGGCCGCUUUGAGCACUCCAAGGAGCUCUACGUUUUGCCGCGGGCGCUCGUGGAUCCUGAACGGGAAGCCAGGGAAGCCGGACGGCUGACGUCCAGCCCGGACGUCGGAGCAAACGUCGUCACUCCUUUCUACUGCACUGACCUGGGGGUCACAAUUUUAGUCAACCGAGGAUUUGUGCCCAAAAAGAAGCUGAAACCAGAGACCAGGCAGAAGGGACAGAUUGAAGGUGAAAUUGAUCUCACUGGAGUGGUGAGAUUGUCAGAAACACGGAAACCUUUUGUGCCUGAAAAUAACAUUGAGAAGAACCGCUGGCAUUACCGUGACGUGGCAGCCAUGGCCAAGGUGACGGGGGCCGAGCCCAUCUUUAUCGACGCGGAUUUCAGAAGCACGGUCCCAGGGGGGCCCAUUGGAGGCCAGACACGAGUGAGCCUGCGAAACGAGCACAUGCAGUACAUCCUCACAUGGUACGGGUUAUGUGCAGCAACCUCAUUCAUGUGGUACAGAAAAUUCCUGAAAAGGCCCUGAAAAAAAUGAAGUAUCCCACGAUUGCAAGUCCUGCAUUCAAUGAACUCCUGCAGCUGCCAAAAUGCAAACAGACCUUGAGCAAUGGAUGCCCAUUCAGAGCUUUUACCAGUGACUCUGGCUGCAGCUUGGAAAAAUGCCAGCUCCAAAACUAUGUGCCUCUUUGGACUGAGGCUUAAAAGCAGCUUCACCAGACUGCUCCAGGCUACAGUUUUCCACUCUGAUGGGACAGUGACUGUAAGCUACAAUAUCCAAACUCCUCCAUGGCUGCAUUUUCCAUGGAAUGCGUUGUAAGCAACU